GAAAACAAAGCGAUGUAGUUGACAUUGGAGAAAUCUUCUAAGAUCAGUACUACAGCUCCUAUGGCUAUGCAAGAAAAAGAAGAGCUCUCUUCUACGUAGAACUCAGACACAAGCACACCUUCGACAACCACAACUUCGACGAAAAUGUCAUCCUCGUGUUCGAGUCCGGCUGCUCCAGUUCUCGGAGAGAGCGCGCGACUCUUUUUGCACGCAAACGCAGGCGCAUUAGCGAGCGCUCUGGCAGGGGCGUUGCUUUUCCCACUGGAUGUCAUUCGAGCUCGGGCACAAGUCCCGAAAAAUCCAGGUAGCAGAAGCAGUACUAUCCGCGAUUUAUACAAACAAGGAGGAAUGGGAGCAUUGUACUUUUUCAAGAAUUGUCGUGAUACUAUAAUUUGAUGCGUUUUCUAGCUGCUGGCACUACCGAAUUAUUCAUAUUCAUUACCUACAGUAACUGUUCACCUUCACGGCUUGCUAUUCAGUAAGAAAUGUACUAGCCGUUAUUUUCCUUCAUCUUUUGAGACCAGUACAGCAAAAAUUAUGCCCAACAAAUUUUUCCGUGUUUGUUGAUAGAACUAGUACUUUGACUCACUUAUUCCUGUAGUACUAGAGAAUUUCAGUAGAGAUGGAGGAGCCUACAAUAGAACAACACAACUUCUUCUAUACCACAUGAAUGGGCACUCUACAACUACUCCAGUUACACGGGUCUUUGUCCAGUCAUAACGACGAUCGGGGUAUCGCAAUUCCUGUACUUUUACCUCUUCGAAUUGCUCAAAAGCUUAAGAAUUGCCCAGAAGGUGCUGUCUUUUACGAUUUUGUAUUAGGAAACUUAGUGUACAAUCAAAAUCUAAGCUCCACGUUAGUUAUAUAUUACAUGCGAUCAUCAUGAUCGAACUACCAUAUAAUAAUUAUUGUUCUUAUAGUUACAACGAGGAAAGUACAUUCCAGCGUAUUUCAUCUUUAUGCGGGUUGUACUAACGACCACCUUUUUCUCGAUUGUUGGUAGUUACCUCCCAGCACGCUAUGAGCAAUGAUAUCUCGAUUGCAGCUACGUCAGACCACAGACGUCAACUUUAAAUUGAUGUAGGAGAAGGUUUCGUAGUUCAAGUACAACUCCAACUACUUUAAUGCUUCGUCGUCGACUGCAGUGGAAAGAGAGUCGGGUGCCUUGGAAAGUAGAGAGUCGGGUGCGGCCUUGGAGAGUUUCGUAGGCUCUCUAUUAGCAGGCGUCCUAAAUAUGCUACUAACGGAACCCCUCUGGAAAGCAAAUAUGCAAUGUAUGCUGAUGAGACGAGGAGGACAGGGUCGUGGAAAUAGAGGCGAAGGUGAGGGAAAAGGAAAUAGAGGCGAAGAACAAGGACAAAGACCAGGACCAGGACAAAGAUCAAGGACUUCUUCUUCUGCUGUUAAGGCCUCCCCUAAUCCAUCUCCGGAGGCAUCUUGAAGCUGUCGCAUAGGGAGACAUGGGCACCAUCAUCAAAGUGCGCCGUGGUCUUAGAAUGGAGAUACGGGUGCUGAGCUCUAAUUCUAGUAGCAGUCGCAGUCGGCAGGAAUUCGAGAAUGGUGAAGAUAUUUCGGCUAGUAUAGUUGUCGUCCAAGCAGAGGAUGAGGCAGAGGAUGCUUCUACUUCCUCCACAGCCUCUUCCAAUAAUGUUUUUGUAGUCGCGUACCAAAUCGCUCAAGAGAAGGGCUUGUGGUCCCUCUGGGACGGACUGGGCACGAGUCUGUAUCUUGUGUCGAACCCUAUGAUUCAGUACGCAUUGUUAUGAAGCUGCGAAGAAGUGUUGUACUCAUGAUGAUCCUUGAGAAAGUUGUACUUGAGCUGUUGUAGUUUCUAACUGCUGGGAAAACGAAAAAGCUUUUUUUCUUGAGUAAAAAGUACUUAGGCUGUUUCUAACUGGGAAAACGAAAAAGCUUCUUGUUUUCUUGAGAAGUAUGAGCUUGAGCACACUUCUUCCUGUCAUAAUUGUACGACAUCCUAAAGAAGCGAGCUACAACUGCUGGUGGUGGGAUCCUAGCAGGUUCGAAAUCCUCUGGAACAACCACGAGUGCGAGUAGCAGUUCUUUUCCUUCAGAAAGUACCAUUUCCAUUAUGCAGAUGACGUCGCGAAAGUAGAUGAACGAGAUGAAUCUGAAUUGCAUGAAGGGAUACACCUAAAGAGGGAGAUGAAUCUACAUAAAACUUUUAGUUUGUUCAUCAAGCCCUCUUUGGUGAUCUAAUGUCUAUCUUGUUUAGAAUGCAGGCUGGAGGUGCCGAAGCAAUCAAUGAUAUCAGAAGACAAGAAGCAUCUACUUCUUUUCCUCUCAGGAGGGGAAAAGCAUCUACUUCUCACGGAUAUAAUGUUCAUGUUAACUCUCUUGCUCCCCACGAUGUUGAAUUCAGACCAUAUCAAGGCUUGUCUUUCUUAAGUGAUGUAGUUCAUAGCUUGCUCUAAUAAAAACGCAAAGAGCAUGAACUUGAACACGACUACACCGAACAACUCUCUUGUUGAACUUUCCCCUGUAAGGGCCUUUUUGCUCGGCAGUUUCACGAAAGCGGUUGCAACUGUCUUCACGUAUCCGCUUCAGGUGGCCCAGACACGGAUGAGAGCAGGAGGAACAAGAACAAUGUGGUCGUGCUUGGUGGAAAUAUACAGUUAUGGUUAUGGUAGUCUGAAAAACAAGCAAGGUACUAUAAUAGAAGAGGUCAUCAAAUGAUAUACAGUUAUGGUUGUGGUAGUCUGAAAAAGCAAGGUCUACUGUAGAAGUAAAAUAUAAUACAGUGAAGCAGGUCGUGUAAGUAUGAAUGGUUCCGGUUUUUGCCCAUUCAAAGUAGAACUAUAGAAGUAAAAUUGUUCUUCUGGACGAAGUGAAAAGCAGCUAAGUACCUACGUACUAGAUUAUUUUAGUGACCCGAGCUCCUCCUGUAUUAAUACUGCGAAAGCUGAAGCCCAUUAACCUUGAUUCUCAUGCAAUGUUUUUGGUUGUCGUAGCUUUAUUGUCUUGUCCACGGCCAGAGGACCAGUGCACCAGAGGACCUUUUUUUUCAACAAGAACUGACUCACCUCUAAUCCGAAGAAGCAGAUGGUGGUCUGAGUGGCUUUUUUAAGGGGUUAGCACCUAAAAUGGUACAAACCGUCUCUCAGGCGGCAUUUAUGUUCGCCUUCUAUGAAGCAUUGUUGACACGCAUCACAGCAACUUAUCACAAGAUCGUUGUCCCUUCCAAGCGAUGAAGAUCGUUGCUUCUAGAUGAGUAUCUUACGACUUCCAGAGAGGAGAAGAUGAGCAUCUUACGACUUCCAGAGAGGAGAAGAUGAGAUUUCUUACGACUUCCAGAGAGGAGAAGAUGAGCUUCUGCUUCUUACAACGUAGUCUGACCUUUGAUGCCAGCGCGUAGCUCGUCGUGGUCCUGGGAGAGGGCUCCGGGGAUCCACCUAGGUCAUAUAAGCGGGUAAACCUUAGAUAGUCAAAAAAGUACCACAUGAGACGAUGUUAUAUAAUUAUAUUCACAUCGUCGAUGUAAUUGUAAUGACUGUAACUAUUUACCUCUGCC